AUGAAACGCAAACAGUACUACUCAAACAACGCGGGCUACCUUACGCUUUCCUAUUGGGCUUCCCAACUAGAGCAAGAGUUCGACGGAUUGUCUGACAUGGAUUUCACUCUGCUCCAAAACAUUGUUCUGUGGAAUGUGAUUCCCAAUUUUGCUACAAAGACUGUGAUGUGGUUUUACUAUCGUUUCAGAGGAAAGACCCCGCCUACUGAGAAUAGUCCACGUUAUCGGCAAGACUACUCCUUCUUCUAUACGCUGGUUGUUGUCGGCUACUUGCUGUUCACAUUUGUGCAGGUGGUUUAUGAUUUGCCUCCAAACUUGUAUACCAAACUCGGCGUGACUGUUUAUACUCCUGACGCAGAGCUCAAGGCUGCUUAUCGUAAAAUCUCAUUGAAGUAUCACCCAGACAAGGUGUCUGAGGAAUUUGCUCCUGAUGUGCAGCAUAAUAUGUAUCUUGGAAUGCGAAAGGCAUACGAUGUUCUCAAGGAUCCAACGCGUCGUGCUGCUUACGACAAACUCGGUGACGCCGUAUUUGAUUGUACACACUGCACGACAGAAAGAGACUAUAUCCUCCAUGCUCUGCAGCAUUACUCCAUGUAUUAUAUUAGUACUGGUCUCAUGUUUUUGGCUAGCAAUUUUCUAGGACGUGCUCAUUAUGGUAGUUUUGCUCGCUUUGUCGGAUUGCUUCUCUUAGCUUCCAUCGAAGGAGCCAUGAGGUUUAGAACAGAUCCAACCAGCUUUGUCUUCACAGAGUACACCACCGCAGAUCGAGUCGUCAUGCUCCGUCAAAUAGUGUUUUGCUUCUUUAUAGCCUUGUCGACAGCAGGACCAGUAGUCUUUCCAGAAAAGAUCAAGCCUGUUCGACAAGCCAUACAAGAAGUAUCCGCAAUGGUUGAACUAUUGGGUAAAGAAGCAGCUGCAUCUUUCCAAUCAGUGUUUGAGCCAUUCAAAGGAGAUGCAGAAGCUCAACGAGAUCUGCAGAGGAAGAUGGAGAAGCUGGCUGUGGAAUUACGUCUGCGAGAUACAGACCCAGAAUAUCGAAACCUGUACAAGUAUUAG